UCGUGGAUACGUUUGUCCAAGUCAAAAGGUUGCAAGUUACCUCCAUCGGAAAAGCGAUCAACUACUGCUUCUUCCUUGUCGAAACUUUCUGGGGGUCAAAUAUGAAUUGCGAAGUUUGUCACCUGAAGGAACUGGAAGUGGAAUCCUUCGAGAUACGCGAGGUUCUACGCUGCAUUUUACAUACAAUUGUCUUUCACCGUGCACUUGGUCUAAUCCGCCCUAAAGAUAUUGAUUUGGAGCUUUUUGACAUCACUUAUGUACAAUGUGGUGAAAUAGAGGUAGAAAAGAAGAUUGAUGAGACUAUUGAGCACUUCAUAAGCUGGAUUGAGAAACACCCCAACAAGAAAAGUCAGAUAUGUGUAUCCUUUUAUGAAGUCAAAAGCAAACAACCGUCUUGGUUCAACAAUAAACAACGUUCGUAUUGGGAACAAUGGUACGUCAAUCUCAAUGUGCUUCACCAGACUAAAUCUCCUUCCCACCACUCUAAACUAGUUAUGGACACUGGAGUGAUUUACAUGUUCUGUGGUAAUCCAACGACUGUAGAAGCGUCUGAGGAAAGAAGUUCCCGUAGGACGAUGCUUGAGCAAUCCCUUCAAGAAGUCUUGUUCCAUAUCAUAAAAUUCGUGAACGAGAAAAAAGACCACGUUCCUCCAAUCAACGACGGUGUGAUCUACUGCCCCUUCGAGAUCACUAUGCCAAGCUCAUCAGACUCAACUUUUGGGAUGGAUAUUUUAAAGAGGAUGCUCCACAGUGGUGGCCAUCCAUCAAUGCUCAGUUGAUUCACAUUAUCCACGCAAAACUUAAUUAGUACAUAUAUCAACACUUCCAUGUACUUGGUCCGUUGGUCCGGUCCAAACAACACUUACCUACUUGCAUUUCCUGUGUAAAUAAUUAUUAUUAUACAGUUGCCUCUUCCUUUU